AUGGCGACAGACGCAGUGAUGCUACAGGAUCAACUCCGGGGAGAGAGCCGAGGGCCGCUCUCUGCCAUCGUCGCUGUCGCCCUCGCUGCCCUCGCUGCCGCUUCGCCGGCCCUCGAGACCAGGCAAACCAAAUGCGUCAAGCUCACUCAAUCGCAGGCCGAGUCCAGGUUGAAGGAUAACGACAUCACCUGGUCGUCCUCCGGAAACUGCAAGGACAAGUCCAAGUCGAACUGCACCUCGCUCCAGGACAUCUGCAGCCACACCAUCAGUGGCGUCAUCGCGUUGAAGAACGGUGUCGGCAGGUCUUUGACUAUCACCGGUGGAACCGAGACCGGCCACGCUAGCGGCACCUACUCACACGGCACUGGAUACAAGGUCGACCUGCGCAAGUUCAAGGAGCUCAACGAUUACAUUAUGAAUAACUUUGAGGAGAUCUCAAAGCGAGGCUCGUACCGCCGAUGGGAGUCUCCCAGUGGGAACGAGUUCGUCGACGAGGGAACCCAUUGGGACAUCACUUUCUUCUACUAA